AUGCCGCCAAAGAGAACCGAGGUGAGCGAGAGUACACCACCUGCAUCUGAUCUCAAGCCCGCCGUCGCGUCCCUCACGUCUCAGAUGGACGCCAUGUCCAUGACUGCCAAGGAUGACUUCAUCCUCAAGGGUGCCCACCCGCGCCCAGACUAUGGCAAGGCUGGCCAGCCAGUCAAGGCCGAAGCAAACCUGUACCAGGUGCGCCUCUCUUCCAAGGUGCCCGGAGCUGGAACGGUGUUCCACUACGACCUCAAUAUCGCGCGCGUCGUCAAGACCCCUUCGGACAAGAUGCCGAAGAAUCUCACUGAGAAGAUCUGGGCCGCCGCCUGCCACCAGGAGGCAGGUGCCCCGGACAAGCUUGCUUUUGAGACUUCGGCCUUCGACCUCGGCAAGAACGUCUACACCGUCCACCAGUUCAAGGCCGACAGCAACGGCCGUCAGCUUGUCGUGGGCGUUCCUGAGGAAGGCCGCGAACUCGACGACCGUUCGCGCUUCAAGCUUACCCUCAAGCUUGCCAACACGAUCGACCUACAGAGCAUCAUGGACUUCUGCAGCAAGAACGAGCAGACGUUGCAGAUCGCGAACACUGUGUUGACUGCAAUUCAGGCUGGUAACAUCCUGUUCCGCGACGACCCCUGCAAGAAGUUCCACCCCAUGGGUGCACGCGGCAAGUUCUUCACUAUGGACGGGGCUGUGCCCAUCUCCGGUGGAGCCGUCGUCGCGAUGGGUUUCUAUCAGCAAGUGAGUUUCCGCCCGACCUCGAGUAACGCCCCUGCCAUUCAGCUCAACAGCGCCUUCACGGCCAUGUUCAAGCCCGGCAACCUUCUUGAUCUACUCCCCCAACUGGCUGGCAUGGGCGGUGGCGGCGGCUUUGGUGGUCGUGGCGGCCGUGGCGGCCCUCGUGGCGGUCGGGGUGGUGGCCAGAUGGGCGGCUUUGGUGGUCACGCCACCAUAGACCAGCUAAACAAUUUUCAGAUUAGGAGCCUGAGCAAGCUGCUCUGGGGUGCCAAGUUCACUCUGCCGUACAAGAAGACGUCGCGCUUCUUCACUAUUAAGCAGAUCUCCCAGGCCGCUGCGGCCGAUAUUCGGUUCGUCAUGCAGGGGCGCGAUGGUGCUCCGUCCAAGGACAUUUCGAUUGUCAACUACUUCAAGGAACAGUUCAACAUCACCAUCCGGAAGCCACGUCUUCCUUGCGUCGUUUACGGCAAGAACUUCAUGGUCCCCAUUGAGCUGGUUCACCUGGCCGAGUUCAACGCCGUCCCGUUCGCCCAGCUCACUGGGGACCAGGCCGCGGAGAUGAUUAAGAUCGCAGCCCAGAGGCCGCCUGACCGCUCUGCCGCCAUCAAGACCUGGCGCGCGCGGCUCAAUUACCAGGGCAUCACCAAGAUUCGCCAGUGGGGCAUCGAGGUCGCCCCGAACAUGAUGCAGGUUGAAGGUCGCGUCCUCCACCCACCCCGCGUCAUGUACAAGGGCAACAAGGAGCUCGGUGCGAUAGAAGGGGGCUGGAACCUCAAGGGCGUCUCGUUCACUCGCCCUGGCACUCCUCUCAAGGCGUGGGGUGUGGUUUCGCUCCACAAGCGUGUCGAUGUUCAGGUGACGAGCAACUUCAUCAAUUACCUCGUCCGCUCGCUCAAGCAGUAUGGCGUCAACGUUGCCAACCCAACACCUGACAUUAUGUGCCCCGCCCAGACCGGGUCUCAGCACCUUCACAACAAUAUCCGCUUGAUGUGCCAGACCUUGGCUACGAAGCACAAGAUCGCGCCGCAGCUGAUCAUCGUCAUCUUGGGCGGCAAGGACACUGCAACGUACCAGCAGAUCAAGAACAUCGCCGGUAUGCAGCUCAAGAUGAUGUUCCCAACCCAGUGCCUCCUGGGACAGAAGAUUCUCCAGGACAGGUCUCUCGACCAGUACUGCGGCAACGUGGCCAUGAAGAUCCAGGCCAAGCUUGGCGGCGUGACGCACGAGGUCCCCAUGACGGAAGUGCUCACGAAGACCACGAUCAUGAUCGGGGCGGACGUGACGCACCCUCCCCCUGCUGGGGGCGGCCUUCUCCAGCCGUCCAUUGCCGUCACCGUUGCCGGCACGGACGGCGAGAACGUCCGCUUCUCGGUUUGCGCCCGCCUCCAGGAGGGUCGGGUGGAGAUUAUCUCGGACCUGGCCAACAUGGUGCGUGAGCACAUCGAGAGGUUUCAGAAGAAGGCCGGCAUCAAGCCGGACCGCAUCCUCUUUUUCCGCGACGGCGUGUCCGAGGGCCAGUACAUGGCUGUCACCAAGAUGGAGGUUGAGGCUGUCAAGAAGGCGGCAGCUUCCUUCGGUGACCCCAAGUAUAGACCCAAGAUCACCUUCGUCGUCUGUGCCAAGCGCCACAACAUGCGCUUCUUCAGUAUGAGCCAGAAAGACCAGGACAGGACUGGCAACCUCAAGGCCGGAUUCGUUGUUGACCAGCGUGUCACGCACCCCUUCGCCUUUGACUUCUACCUUCAGGCUCACGCAGGUCUCCAGGGCACUGCCCGUCCUACUCACUACAUCGUUCUCAUUGAUGAGAACGGAUUCAAUGCCGACAAAAUGCAGAACUUGUGCAACCGCCUGUGCUACACUUAUGCCCGUGCUACUCGUGCUGUCUCGAUCGUUCCCGUCGCUUACUACGCCGACAUCAUUGCGAACCAGUGCCGCUUCCUGGCGUACACCGACGACAGCCAGGAGGGCUCACACUCUGGGCCGCCCAAGACGCGCAAUUACGACCCUCUCGCUGUCGCAAAGCGUAUUCAGGCGGUUGCGGAUGUGGCCUGGUAUAUGUAA